AUUUCCUCAAACACAAUUUAAUGUACAAAAUAAAACCUGUUGCAAUAGACACACUUCUGUGGGUUUAUUUUCGGACCUGAAACCCUGAGGUCAGCAGUGUUGACAGCAGGCUGUGGGAAAGGGAUCAUGUCUUUAUAUUCCUCAUUCAUUCUGUCUCCUCAGUCGCAUAGUGGCUGCUCGUGCCUGUUCUGCUGCUACUGACAGAACAAGAUACUACACGUUUUUCCAUGUGUGAAUUUUCUGACGUGACACCGAUCCACGCCCAGUGUACGUCCAGCCAAAGAGAGGCGCUGUGUCAAGAUAGUGAUCGGCGGGUUGUGAACCUGCCAAAUGCGUCCCGGUUUUCACGUUAAAGACGCUGUCAAAUCAUGUCAGGUAUUAAUUAACCCAUAUUUUCAAAGUCACCGGAAAUCAAACAUAAAGCCCAUUUUCAUUUCGUGCCAAUUUGAUAUGUUGUAUCGAUGCGAUGUGCAGAAACUGGUGUUUUCAGCGAAAUAAAUCAAUUCACAACGAUGGUCGCUGGCUGGAGAUGUCGUGACGCAUUAAUUCAGUAAAUGUAGCUCUUUAAAACAUAAUAUGAUUUGCGUCUGUUACGCAUAAUCGUGUAAAUAUUACGUUUACUAACGAUCCUUAAAAAAAAUCCGUGUUUGUUCUCCGCACAAACAGGGGCGUGUUCCGUCGCCCUGGUAACGUACGUUCCUUUUGGGGUAUUCCGCUAAACUGCGCAUGCGCGGGUCAACCACUUUUGCCAUCACGUCACAUUAGCGCCUUUAAAUAAAAAAUGAAGCUACAUUCAGCGACAUGCAACCCUCCGUGAUAAUGUAAUGAUAAGGUGAUGGCCGAUAAGAGAGUGUGUCAGCCCCACGCGGCUCCCCGGGGUCUCUGCGGGUGAACGGACAAAGGGGAGCGGCAGCCUCUCGACAAACACUGCGCUCUCUGGCCGUGAUUCCCUGAUAUUCACACACCACCGGUGGCGCCCUUUUCUCCGCAGGACCCUCGGUCCUCCGUGGACAGCCCUCCCGCCCGUCAGGUGCACGUAAACAAUACGGGUUUGACGCUGCCAGACGCGGAAGGGUAACAUCCACCUCGUACGUGUUUUUUCCCCCCUGUGGAAGAAAUGUCCGCGGGGAGGGGCCAGCUUCCCGUGAAAUGCCACCUCCGUGUUGCCGCUCUGCGCGCCGGGGUUCGGGAGUUGUCCGGCUGAGGGCUCACUCUUCAAGCCAGUGACCGCCGCGAAGGAGGCUCGCCUCGUCCGGUCAAACACACCGUGGGGAGCUAUCAUCUAUCUGCCGCGUAUAGGAAACAUCAUGCCCGAGCGGCUCCGACGGGACGACGCGAGGCUGUCAGUGGAGCACCGCGGCUGACGACGUGUUGCAGCGAAGCGGAGACAUCGGGAGCCUCCAGCGGUUUGACAACCGACCGUGUGUCGUCCUCGAUAACCGCUCCGCACCGGGCUCGCCUGUCACCCGGCGGACGACCGAGAGGGAUACAACCGGGCUGAGUCCGUCCACACCCGCCUGCUGGAAUGACGUCCGCCCGGUUCUUUUGAUUUCCAGCGGUGAGACAUUCAAUGAACCCCCCCGCCUCGACACGGACUCGGGGCUGAGGCGGCCCGUCAGUCGGAGGGAUAUGGGAGAGCGAGCGGAACCGAUGCAGUGGGUCUCGGCGAGGCAUCGUCAAAAUACAGGGCAGUGAUGCCUGGCAUGGUGAUGUUUCGGCGGCGCUGGUCAGUUGGCAGUGAUGACCUAGUGCUGCCCGCCCUCUUCCUUUUUUUAUUGCACUGCGUCUGGUUGGUGGUUCUCUCCGUGGUUCUGUUUGGCCUCCCUUAUGGAUCAGACCAGUCCUGUUCUAUAACGCUGGUGGACCAUGGCCGAGGGUACCUGGGAAUACUGGUCAGCUGCCUCAUCUGUGAGAGCGCCAUCAUGUGGCUGAGCAUGAGAGGCAGCAUUUUGUACACACAGCCCAGGGAAGCUGUGCAGUACGUCAUCUAUAUACGAUUAGCUAUUCUGUUGGUCGAGCUAGUGUAUGCUGUAGUGGGAAUUGCAUGGCUUGUGCAAUAUUACCAACCAUGCUCUGAUGUCACAGCCAAAAAUCUGGCGUUGGGGAUCGUUGCGUGCAACUGGCUUGUGAUAUUCAGCGUUUGCAUUACCCUCAUGUGCACCUUUGAUCCUACGGGUCGGACGUUUGUCAAACUGAAAGCAACACGACGGCGUCAACGCAACCUCACAACAUACACGCUCAGACACAGGCUAGAGGAAGGCCAAGCCAGCAGCUGGAGCAGGAGACUCAAGUUCUUCAUGUGCUGCACAAGAGCCCAGGAUACACAAUCAGAUGCUUAUUCAGAAGUGGCAAGCCUUUUCGCAGAGUUCUUCAGAGACCUGGACAUUGUGCCUAGUGACAUUAUUGCUGGUCUGGUACUUCUCCGUCAGAGACAAAGGUCUAAGAGAUCUUCUAUCCUGGACCAGGUAUCACUGUCUGUAACACAGAUGGCCAACAAUGACAUUUUAGCCUUCUUAUCUGGAAUGCCUGUAACUCGUAAUACAAGAUACCUGGACCUUAAGAACUCGACCGAGAUGAACAUGUACAAGGACGUGUGUUAUUACAUGCUCUUUGCCCUGGCUGCAUAUGGCUGGCCCAUGUACCUUAUGAGGAAGCCUGCCUGUGGGCUGUGCCGCCUCGCCAGCUCCUGCCCAUGCACAUCAGUGUCAGGCUCUCGAUUGUCUCAGUCUGUGACAGUGGAAGAAGACAAUUGUUGCGGCUGUAAUGUCUUGGCCAUACGCAGACACUUCCUGGAUCGGGACCUGAAGCAGGUUCACAUUGUCUACACUUCGUGCCACGAUGCUGUUUAUGAGACUCCAUUCUUUGUGGCAGUGGAUCACGCGAAAAAGAAGGUUGUCAUCAGUAUCAGGGGGACACUGUCGCCAAAGGACGCCUUGACUGAUCUGACGGGGGACUCUGAACGUUUACCUCUAGAGGAACAGCAUGGCACUUGGCUCGGCCACAAGGGGAUGGUUUACUCAGCAGAAUACAUUAAGAAGAAACUGGAACAGGAAAUGAUCUUGUCACAAGCCUUUGGAAGAGACCUGAACAAGGGCACCAUGCACUACGGGCUGGUGAUAGUCGGGCAUUCUCUUGGUGCAGGCACUGCUGCUAUCCUCUCCUUCCUGCUGAGACCUGAGUACCCCACACUUCACUGCUACUCUUACUCCCCACCCGGUGGCCUUCUUAGCGAAGAGGCCAUGGAGUACUCCAAAGAGUUUGUAACAUCUGUGGUUUUGGGAAAAGACCUGGUACCAAGGCUUGGCCUUUCUCAGCUGGAGGGUUUCCGACGCCACCUUCUGGAGGUCUUACAGAAGAGUAACAAACCAAAGUGGAGGAUCAUUGCGGGAGGCACUAAGUGUAUCCCGAAAUCAGAGCUUCCACUGGAGGAUGAUGAUCCUCAGUCUCAGCCUGCGGCGGCGCCCCCCAGCAGUCGCCUGUGGCUCCACCCCAGUGACCUCAGCAUUGCCCUCUCAGCCUCCACACCCCUCUACCUUCCUGGCAGAGUCAUCCAUGUAGUGCACAAUCAUCCCCCAGAGACAUGCUGUGGCCAGGAGGAGCCGACCUACUCGGCUCUGUGGGGGGACAACAAGGCCUUCGAUGAGGUCAUCAUAUCCCCAGCCAUGCUUAAUGAGCACAUGCCCCACAUGGUGAUAGAGGGCCUUAACAAGGUGCUGGAGAACUACAACAAAGGGAAAACGGCUUUGCUGUCGGCAGCCAAGAUCAUGGUGAGCCCCACAGAAGUGGACUUGAAUCCAGAGACGAUAUUCAUGGAUGCAACGGCGACCUCUCAGCAGCCGACGCCUAUAGCCCACCACCGCAGGAACAGCAGUGUUCGACAGAAACCAAUGUUACGUUCAUGUGCCCAGUCUGAAAUAUCUCUGGAUGGUUUCUCUGAGUGCCCACCUGCCCCAGUGCCUGUAGUGCUGCGUGGAGCUCGGGAGCGCCUGACGGUGGAGCUGAGGGACCGGAAAGCGCCGCUGGCUGUCAUGGAGAGUCUCUCAGACGCCGAAUCCCUCUACAGCUUGGAUUCUCGACGCUCCUCGGCUGCGCUAAGGGGGUCGCCAAUGCUUAGUUGCCUCCCGUUCCCUUUGGAUGCUCCGAUUCCGGAGGAGAACCCGUCUCUCAGCUCCCGCACUGAGCUGCUGGCCGCUGACUGCCUCUGCCCGGACACCCCCGAGCAUAUGGGCGAGGUCGGGCCCUUCUUUACCCCACUGGAAUCCAGAUCCAACUCGGAUUACCCCAUGGGGCUGUCUCCGGCCACACCUCGCUACGGUGGACUACGCUCUCCAACCCUGCUAAACCAGAGUGCUUUGGCUCAGCCUUUCAAGCCAGAGCUCAACGCCAACCCAACAAUGCUUCCUGAUGAAGAUCACCACCGGAUUCCUGGUGUGUACAGCCCAGGCAGCACUCCCAACACUCCCCUCAGCCCUCAGAUUGGUUCUAGACCAGUGGAUGGAGACAUGGAAGGCUGGGAGCUGGAGAUAGCAAAGAAACAAUUAAGUGCAGAGACCAGACCGGGAGCAGCUUCUACUCCUGGGAACCAACUAUCCAAUGGGAACCCCAGCCAGGCAGUGCUGGAGUUCGCCCAGUACUUAGACUCUCUAUUCAGACUGGACGGCAGCAGCUCACCGCCUCUGGAGUUGUCCGACGGGGAGUCAGAGUCAGGCCGAGGCUCCUUCGGGCAGGGCGAGGGUGGACAGCAGUUUGACGACAAACAACUUCUGGCCAGAGCAACACUGGAGCCGAACCUAGUCCCCAAACCUCCACGCACUUUCGCUGGAUCUGCCGAUCCCUCUUCAGGCAUCUCUUUGUCGCCCUCCUUCCCUCUCUCUUCGUCUGAGGAGCUCAACGACCUCUCCCCCGGCGAGGGCGUCUUGCCGGCCAUAGACUUGCUACGAACAUCCCCCCCUUGCCACUGCCCCGAAGAGAACACACUGUCCUCUAUGGUGUAGUGUGCUUCUAAGUGCAGGCGUCCAAAUUUGAGAACAUAUCACAGUACAUGCAUGCAAAAGAAUGCAGUCACUUAUCAGAGAUUCAAUGACAGAACUUGACUCUAUCAACCCACAAACUCCCUUUGAAGGCUGUUUAUAGCAUUUUCACACUAUUGCAAUGACUAAGGAAAAAGAAAAGAUACCUCUCUCUGCAUGCCAGGGGGCUGUGCUGCUUUUGGGUGAAUAUAAAUAACUGUAGCUUCACCAUGCCAUUCCAAAACAAUGCUGUCCCACCCAAGUAGGGACACGUCGGCGUUACAUCACUUCCCUGACUUAAGAAAAUCAAAGGGAGAAAAAGUUACCUGAGCAGGGAUUCAACAAUAAAACUAACACUGUAGAAUAGGAUAUCAUAGGCACAUCAUCGGGAUUGAUGUACUGUUCAACUUCCUGCUCCCUCAGCAGCUACGGAAAAAAUGUGUCCGGUUUUUAUUUCAUUUUGUUUCGUUUUUUAAUUUUUUAAUCAGGAAUGUGAAAAAUGGACAUUGUCAAUAAGUAGAGGUGAAAAGACAUUAUGAAAUGUUCCUCAGGUCUGUAAAGAAUAUUACAGUUUGAGAAAGUGAGUAUGUGUGUUACAUUGGUGAGAAUUCAUGUGUCUUAAAAAGUUUCAGUGAUUGUGACAAAGUUAUUACAGACGCCUAUGGAUGUUUAUGAGUCUUUUGGUUACUCUUUAUAGUGCAUGACUUUUUUUUUAUUUGAGGAGAAAUUGUCACUAAGCCACUUAGAUUGACAUGUGUGUACUCUUGCACACAUCAUAUUGCUCAAUUUACCCCCUUUGCCAAAAAAAAAAAUGAAUACAUCGUAUUGCCAAAAUGUAUUUAAGAGAUGUAAUUUUGUAUAUGUAUAUGAAUAUUGCUUUAUUUAAACACAAGCUAAGUACAUUAUCUCCUCCCAUUGCCACACUGAUGGUUCCCAUGUAGACUGUUACAGAGCAGCACCACCGAAGAGAUGUCACCCUGACCUGAAAACACUGCCAUGGCUUUGAUUUUGAAAACACGACGUCUGAACCAAUAAGGAACUUGCUAACAGUCCUAGCCUCAUAACUACUGUACCUUUAUAUCUUUGAAGCACUCUUAGCCAUGUACCGAUGUCAGGGUCUGCAUGCUCUACGCAUUUCAGAGUAGCAUGGCUGGUAUAAAAUAGGUUUUUGUCAUUAAGUCACAGCAGAUAAGCUCUAAACAUCUUUUUCUUAGAGGCCCACGGUCAGCAGACGGGACCAAACUGUGUAUCCUAAAACGUUUCCCGGGAUAAACCUCUCGUUCUCAAGGUGCUCUCCGUCAUCUUGGAUAUAAAGGUGUUUGCUUCCCUUUAAAUCUGGUUCAUCUCAAACAUCUUUUGAGGUGAAUAUGCCAAUUCUAAACACUGUAUGUGGUGUACAAUCUUCCAUAUCACUCUGGGUGUAAACAGGAGGCUCGAGGUUUGCAUUAUUUAUUACUGUUACUGUUUUUAUCACUUUUCUUGCUGUAUUUGAUGGUAUUAUUAUCCUUAUUGCGCUUUCAGCAGAACGGUUUGAUGUCAGUGGUUCUUAUCUCAUUUUUGGGACAGUGUGGGGAACUUUUUUUUAAGACUUUCCCAAAUGUAAAGGAGUAAAUAUAUUUCAGCUUUUUUUUCUGUCUGAGUGGAAAGAUAUGUGACAUUCUGCCAUGGCAUGGUGACAAUAUGCUCUUUUUUUUUUAAUUUGUUCUAGUUUUUUUUUUUACAAAUCUUUCAUAGUGGUGUGAGACUUGCUGCCGAGUUACUCACAGCAGACCACUCGAACCAGUUUACAGCCCGACACUAACCAUCAAGCCAGUCCCAGUCGUCUCUCCAUAGACACACUCAGGCUGGGUCGGGCAUUUCCUACGUUCAGUAGCUUAGCUUGAAGCCGGUCAUAUAACACUUAACACUGCUGAAAGACAGCACUAUAAUACUUUCCACCAUAAUGUGUACAGCACCAUCUUCUACGUGUAAUUAUUUAUGCAGAUGUCUAAGAAAAUAUGAAUUCAAAUAGUCAUGUAGAAAAUAACUAUAUAACAAUAAGGAGAUAAUGACUAUGUUAAAAGAUACCAGUAUUGAUAUAUAUGAGAAGAAAAUAUUUCAUUUGAGAAAAGUUAUUUAUUCAAAUUAUUGGCAGAUUUACAAAUUGGUCUAUACUGAAAGAGAAAUAAGUCAACUCUGUCUUGUCCAUGUUAAUCUGGUUUGCUUCCCUUCCUUUCCCGCCCCACAACGAGAAUGUAUUUAACCCCUUCCCCUGCCUGUAAUAAACUACAAACUAUGAAAAUAAA